UAAAUGUUGAAAAGAGCCUACUUGUUUGUUGUUAUCUUCUUUAUUUACUGAAAUAAGAUUUACUAAUUGAUUGUACCCGAACAUUCUCAUAGACCAAAUAAUCAUCCAUUUCAAAUAAACGUCCCAAAAUGGAACAACCGACUGUUGAUCACCUAGAAAAGACCAUUCCUCCAGUUAACCAAAUCGAUGAUGAUGCUGAUGACGAUGAUAGCAAUGGUGAAUCUAUGCCUCCUUUGGAAACGGUUGAAAAAACAAUGAAUCUUGGACCAGAUAAUAAGAAAAACAUUGUCAUUCCAGAUGAUGAUCAAUAAAGAGAAAGAAACCAUGAAAGUGAUGAUGGAGAUGAAAAUAAUGGUUACAUGGACAUUCUGAACAAUGGUGAUCUUCGAAAAAAAACGGUGAAAAAAGGUGAUAAUGUUAGGCCACAACGUGGCAGCAAAGUGAUCAUUAGAAUUGAAACUCGGCUCUAUUCUGGUGGCUGUGAUGAUGACCAAGAUAUUGGAACGGGCAAAUUAAUCGAAGGCGAAACAUUCGAUAAGUUCCCCCUGGUCAUUGGUGAUAAUGAUCUUCAUCAGGGUUUGGAUCUUCUGAUACCGUUGAUGGAAUUGCACGAAGUUUGCAGAGCAAUCAUCAAAUCACGUUUCACUUAUGGUCAAUUGGGCAAUAACAAUGUUGACAUACCCGGAGAUGCAACGCUCGAUUGUCAAAUAGAAUUGCUCGAAAUACUGUCUCCAAGUGACAAUGUUUAUGGCCAAGCAGAAGACGAUGAAUCCAAUUCAAUUGCAAAUAAAGAGACAUUGGACGAGCGACUCAAGUUUGGCAAUUACAAGAAAACACGUGGAAACUUCUGGUUCGAACGUGGUGAAUACUCGAUGGCUAUUCAAUGCUAUAAAGGUGCUUUGAAAUAUUUGGACGCCAACAAUGACGAAUUGAAAUUAAUCGAUGAUGAUAAUAAGAACAAAGUAAAUGAUCAACUUGAAUUGGUCGACAAAAUCAAAGAUUUGAUUGAUAAAAGAGCUCAAACAUUCAACAAUUUGGCUGCCGCUCAGAUGAAAAUGGAAGCAUUCGAUACGGCAUUACGUUCGGUCAACGAUUCAUUGCUCUUACGACCCAAUAAUGUUAAGGCUCUGUUUCGUCAUGCAAAAAUUUUGACAGAAAAAGGCGACGUAGAAGAUGCAAUCAAAGAUCUUAAGAAAGCUGCCUCGAUCGAUCCACAAUCGGAAGCGAUCGCAAUGGAAUUGAAUCGAUUGAAUAAGAUUCUUGUCAAACAGAUCAAUGAUCAGAAAGCCCUGUAUCGACGAAUGUUGCAAAUGAAAACAGAUGAUAAAGACAACCGUAAACAAAGAAUUUGAGUUCCAUACCAUUCCACGAUGACCAAGCGCAAGCGUAUGAAACUGUUGUCAAGGAAAUAAAAUUCGAGAUGCCAUGGAUCCUUUUAUAUAUUGGAUCUGAUCUUUUUUGUCAUA